CUGCGGCAAGAGCUUCAAGACGGCGAUGGUCCUGGAGACCAACCGGCGGGCGCACACGGGUGAGAAGCCCUACACCUGCACCGACUGCGGCAAACGCUUCGCCAAGUCCAGCAACCUGCUGAGACACCAGCGCACCCACACCGGCGAGCGCCCCUACAGCUGCGCCCAAUGCGGCAAGGGCUUCACCUGCUCCUCCAACCUGCUGAUGCACAAGCACACCCACACCGGCGAGCGCCCCUACACCUGUGCCCAGUGCGGCAAGGACUUCACCCGCUCUGACUGCCUGCAGAAGCACCACCACACUCACACCGGCGAGCGCCCCUACACCUGUGCCCAGUGCGGCAAGGGCUUCACCUGCUCCUCCAACCUGCUGGUGCACAAGCGCACUCACACCGGCGAGCGCCCCUACACCUGUGCCCAGUGC